AUGUCACCAAAAGUAACAAAUAAUCCAAACGUUAUUAACACUAUUGCACAACGUGUCAAAGAAAGAAGAAAAGUAACUUUAAAGGAACCAAAUUGUUACUACCCAACUCCUUCACCAUUAAAGAAAUCAAGAAAACGAAAGGUUUACCCUGAUUCCAAAGUAUUUGAUGACGACUCAAAAAGAGGAAGGAAAUAUACUAAACUUACUGAACAAUUUUUGAGAUGUAAAAAAGAUGAGGAAGAAAAUAAUCCAUCAAUUUUAAUUCCUGAUGUUCAAGUUGAAGUUUUAGUCGAUAAUUCCGUAUUUAAAGAUAAUUCUUCAAAGAAAAAUUAUUUAAAGGAAACAAAGGAAACAAAGAAAAGAAUUCCAUUAAAAGAUUUUGGUUCAGAAUAUGAUCGAUUUUUUGAAGAGAAUUCUCAUUCAUUACCAACAUCAAAAAAUAUACUUCCUGAUUCUAAUAUGUUAAAUGUAUCUCAAUAUACUGAUAUUAUCAACAAAAUUCCUCUUAAACAUGAAGAUGAAAUUAAUUUACUUUCUGAACAAUAUAAAGAAAAAUUUAUUUAUUGGAGUUCUGAUCUUAAAAAUGGAUUUAACCUUUGUUUCUAUGGAUUUGGAUCAAAGAUGGAAAUUAUUGAUGAAUUUGCAAAAUAUUUAAAUGAACAAAUUGUUUUAAGGAUAGAAGGAUUUGAUCCAAAUUUCAAUUUUCAAACAACUCUUGAACUUCUUAAUGAUGUUAAUGAAAUUGUUAAACCGAAUUCAAUUAGAAAUAUUGAAAAUCAAAUUACUCACAUUCAAAAAUAUUUUUCAAAUGAAAAUCGUGAACAUGAAUGUUUAUUUAUAAUUAUUCAUAAUCUCGAUGGUCCAACAUUUCGCGAUACUCAAAAUCUCAAUUACUUAGCUAAACUUGUGAAUAUAUCAAAUGUUCGUCUUAUUGCAACUGUUGAUAAUAUCAAUUUUCCAAUGCUCCUUGAUCACGAUCGUAGAAAUAAAUUUAACUUUCUUUGGCAUGAGAUUACAACAUUUCGAUCAUAUGAUAAAGAAAUAACACAUGAAAAUCUUUGUACUAUCAAAAAGAGAAAGAAUAAUUUAACCACGAAUUUAGUUAAAGGUGUAUUAUCUGUUUGGAAUGAAAAUCGACGAUUAAUGUUUAAAAUUUUGGCAACUUAUCAAAUCAAUCAAUAUAAUUCAACAACUAUUACUACAACACAAGUAAUUGAUGGUAAAAAUAUUAUUACUGGAAUGGAACGUAAUUCAUUAUAUAAAAAAUGUUAUGAAGAAUUUAUUGUAAAUGGCGAGAGUAAUUUUAAUACAUUUUUAAAUGAUUUCCAUUAUCAUAACGUUAUCAAAAGUCGAAUGUCAGAACAUGGAAAAGAAAUUUAUUACAUUCCAUUAGAAGCUGAAAGAUUAAAAGAAAUUUUGGAAUCAAAAGAUCUUUUUAAAGAAUGA